AUGGGGAAAGUAAAUGAUCUUCGCGCUUGUUUCUCAUAUGAGAUAAUUUUACGUGAUGUUAUCUUGAUAUUUGAAUUUUUUUACUUUAAUAAAUUUUUUUUUACUAUUUUAAUAAAUUCUUACGUAAAAUUCGUCUAAAACAACAUGUAUCUUUAUAAUUGUUUCUUCAGUAAAUGUUAAAGAAAUAUUAACAACUUUUUUUAAAUGUUCAAAAGACAAUAAUGUAAAUUAUUGAAAUUGAUUUAAGUUUCCUUUUUGGUUAAGUCAUUCAAAUAUUAUCAAGUCAUUUACAGAUAAAUUAAUUUCAAUUUAAUAGAGAUUCAAUUUUUUUACUAUUAUACAUAACCUUAUAAAAAUUAAAAAUUUAAAUUUUAAAAAUAUUUUACAUGUGCUUUUUCAGCCACGUAUAGAUCCUCUAUCUUUAUUGAAAUGUCUUAGUGUCUUAUUGGGACCAACUGGAGGUAUUAAAAGUAAAGAAGAAGUUCAUCGAUUGGCUAAUUUAAUGACAAAGUUUUCAAAGAAGCUUGUUUCAAAAUGCAUUUACAUACAAAUAUUGAAAACUACAAAUACUGAUUUACUUAGUCAAUUUAUGGGUGCUGGAGGAUGGAAUCUUAUUCAUAUGUGGCUUACAGAUGGCAUUCUUGCAAAGAAUUGGGCUUUAAUUCAAGAGCUUUUAGAACUUUUGUUGUUAUGUCCAGUAGACAUAGAAAGAUUAAAAAGUAACAAUUGUCCUAAAUUAAUAAAAGGUCUAUCAAAAGAAGGUAGUCAUCAAGGUGUUAGAGUGUUAGCUAGUCGAUUGGUUGAACAGUGGUUAAAAAUAGUGAAAGGAGAAGCUGCACCAAAUUCUGUGCCAGCACAAAUCAUGACUAUUCCAAUACAAACUACUGGAGUUCUAGGACAAAGUUUAGUAUCUCAAUCAACGCAACAACAGUAUUCUAUUCAUUGUGGUAUUCAACAAGUCUCGGAUUCAGAAAAUGCGACAGUUCAAGUGCAAGAUUUGCAAUUUAUUCCAAAUUCUACAUCAACUAUUGCAGUCUCCCACAUUCAUCAGCAGCAACAGCAACAACAACAGCAGCAGCAACAAUCUCAAGAACAGCAACAGAUUCAGGAGAGGACAACUGUGCAACCUCUACAAUUGCAAGUUGUCAGUAAACCACAGCAAAUGCAAAUACAGCAAUUAUCAUCACAACAAUCAAAAAAGCCAGCAUUUGUUGUGGUAUCUGCAUCUUCACAAUCUCCAGUUCCUGUGUAUAAAAUUACAAUUCGUGAAGGCAAACAGAUUCUUACAAAAGUGGAGACAGACGCUGCAAAUAUUAAUAGUGUUUUAAAUACAAAUAGUACAAAUGUAGAAGUUAAUGGAGAUGUUGUGGAGGAUGCUCUUCCUGUGAAAAAAACUUCUGAGGAAGUAUCUACAGAACUCAGUGAUGGUGUAGUCAGUGGUCAAGAUUGUGAAAAAGACAUUGCACAAUCUGAAAAAUUAGACCAGGUUUCAAGUGAAGUGAAACAAACUGUAGUAGAUUCCACGGAUAGUCCUGAUGUGGAUAUUGUUAAAAAUAAAGAAAGCAAAGACAUUAAAGAUCUUAAAGACAAUAGUAAUAGUGAAAAUAGUAAAUCUAGUAAUAAAGAAAAUCGAGACUCUUCUAAAAAAGAUGACAAAAAGUCUAGUAGUUCAGACAAGAAGAGUCAUCAUAGCUCAUCUUCAUCCUCCAAAAGUUCUUCUAAACAUACCUCAAGUUCCAGUUCACAUCGUUCUAGUUCCAUAUCUUACAAAUCUAGUAGUCAUCGUUCUAGUUCUAGUAGUAGUAGUUCAAAAAGUUCUAGUUCCAAGGAUAAGUCUUCCAAGGACAGACAUCAUUCAUCUAAUUCAUCCAGUAAACAUAGUUCUAGUAAAAGUAAAUUUGAUAAAGAGCGAGAAAAAGAAAAACAGAAAAAGGAUCAGGCAGAAAAGGAUAAAGCGACAUUAGAGAAAGUUCAAGGACAGGCAUUAAGUUCAAAAUUCGGAAAAAUACCUAAAAAGAAGUUGGAAGAAGAAAAAUCAGGGGAUGCAGCUGUAAGGAAAUCAUCAACAGAUUCUCGGGAUAGUUCUAAAGAAAAUAAGGCUGAUUCAAAAAAAGUUACUGCAGUGCCAGAGAAAAAGAACAUUUCUAUUUCUAUUGAAAGUAGAAAGAAUUCUCAAGAUUCCACGACACGGCCAAAGACUGUGAAAACAUUUAACUCUAAAUUCAGGUCAACAGGUUUAGAAGAAGAAGUAAAACCACCACCACCAAGAUCAGUAAAGAAACCACAUCCCGUUGUUGACAAAAAGACUGUAUCACAAAAAUUACCUGCCUUAAAAAGGCCAUCUCCACUUAGAGAAGCUAUACCAUCAACAGAUAAACGAGCUAAAGUAUCAUUGGAUUCACCAACUACACCUCCAAGUGACGAAAAGAAGGGAGGCAUCAAAUUAAUACCACCAAAACCAAAACCAAUGGUUUUACAAGAAAGCGAUAUGUUUAUGGAUGCUUUGACUGCAUCUACGAAGAAUAAAGAACCAAGGAAAAGGAAGCGAAGAACAUCCAUUACGAAAGAUGGUCCCACGGAAGCUAAAAAACAAGAAACUGCCAAUAAUGAUAAUCGUGAUGUUACACCUCCACCCACCUCACCACCAAGUGCCGAUGAAAAAUCACCCGUAGUUGUCAAGCCUAACUUUAAGUUUUAUCAAGAUACGUUAGAGACGGAUGAAGAUAAAGAACAUAAAGAGAGGGAGAAUUCAGACGAAGAGAUGAAGAAAGAUAAAGAAGAAGCGGCGGACGAUCAGAAAGAAAACAGGAUAUUCAAAUCGGAUAUUGAUGACGAUGCUAGAAGUAACACACCAACACCGGAAGCUGAUGUGGAGGACAAGAUAUCCGAUUCUCCAGAAGAUAUAUCUUCCAUGUCUGAUUCAAUGAAAAAGGACAAUAUUGGUUCUUAUCCAGAAAUACGAUAUGUUGAUGGCCUGAGAAGCGUUCUGUUACUUCAAAAACGCAAAGGACCAAAGAAAGUAUUAAAAUGGAAAACAGACUUAGAAUCGGUGCGUUAUUUUGAGUUGGAUGAAACGGAAAGGGUGAACGUAACGAAAACAUUUACCGAUAUGAAACAAAUGGAAAAGCAAAAUGAAAGAGAAGCAUUCCAAAUGGCCAGAAAAUUAAGUAAUGAAGACUUAAUGGAAGAAAGAACGAGAUGGAAACCCUUGAUUCCAAUUGAUUUACCGCCACCUUUAGUAGAGGCUGGAAAGGAUAGUAGAGAAAAAGAUAUUCAAUAUGCUAGAGAAAAAGGAAUUUUACAAGCAUUAUACUUCAACCGAAGCAUGAUUCCAGACUCUGCGGCAGAACCUGACGAAGAACGGCAUCAUGUAUACAGUGAACCUAAAACCAUUCCUUUGGACGAUCUCACAGGAAAUAAGGAAAGUGAAAAAGAUUUUACUUCCAUGCCAUGGCCAGAACCAAAACCUCAGUUGCAACCUCAAACACCAGCAGUUUCAAAUUUCCAUUAUCCGUCAUUUCCACAUAAUCAACAGCCAGUAAUGACAUCUAUGGGCCCUCAAAGUUCAAUGGGCCCAAUGCCACAAAUAUCUCAGCAAAUGAUGGGAGCUUCUCAUAUAGGCCCAAUAGGUCCUGAAAUGGGAGGUCCAAUGACUGCUGGAGGAGGAGGCGGUUGGAGAACUGGAGAUGGAAAAGUUGUUGUACCUGAUGGAAUGGGAAUGAAUAUGCCAAAUGCAUUUCCACCAGGAAUAGAAGGUGGUCCAAUGGUACCACCUGGUAUGAUGGGACCACCACCUAUGUAUAAUCAACAACAAGAAAGUUAUGGUAUGAUGGGACCAGAAGAUAUGGGAUUCAAUAACAUGAAUCCAAAUAAUUUUCAAGGCCCCCCUGGUCCUUUAUACGGUCCUGGGCCUAACUUUCAAGGUCCUAGAGGUGCUGGUCCAAUGCAUGGUAGAGGUAGAGGUGUUCCUGGACCUGGAUGGUACAGAGGUGGUGGGGGUCCACCAGGAAGAGGUGGGUGGAGGGGUGGAGGCGGUGGAUGGAGGGGAAACGGGAAGCAACCACCCGUAUGCAGACAAUUUUCAAAGAAUGGCUAUUGUCGAGUCGGUGACAAAUGCCAAUAUCUACAUCCCGGAGUAAACUGUCCACCAUUUUGAAAAUAAUGAUUUAUUUGAAGUUUUUGCAGUAUACAAUAUAAAUGUUCAUUCUAUUUGAAAUGAAUCAAUGGAAAUGAACGGCCCUACUGAAAUGAUCAAAUCAUAUUAGAUCCAAGCUCACAUUAAUUAAAAGAAUUAAUAAUAAUGUGCAAUCUUUUAUUAAUAAUGCAAAGAAUUGAGCACAUGAUAUUUAUACACUUACAUUUUCAUAAGAUUUGAACGAUAUUCGAUAAUUUUCAAUUUAUUUACAUCGCGUAAUGAGAGAUAAAUAUUAUAAGAAAAGGCGUAAUAAAUUUAUUUUUUGUUUAUUCGUACUCUUACAAUUUCAGGUUUGAAAAUUGCUUUAAAUUUCGAAUAACAAUGAAAAAAACAAUAGGUUCAUUAGCUGCUGGACAGCAAAAGGUUCUUAGAUAUUAACAUUCAUUACGAUUUCAAAUAGAUAUUUUUAAAAAAUUCGAGGAAACGUCAACAAUACGUUUAUUUAUUCUAGAACAUAAUAAAAAUUGGAGCACAUCAUCUAAAAUGAAAUUUCGAUUAACGUCUUCCCUUUAUUUUCGUGAUUUACAGAUAGCCACUGCCGAAAGAAUGAUUUAUAUAAUCAAAGGGAUGGGAUUGCUGUAAAUUUUAAUCUUAUUGGCACGACGAAUAGUGAUUUCAAAGUAUGAUGCUAUUAAGCAGGAAAUGUGAAUUCCGAUUUAAGAAGCAUUUGUCUUUCAAAUUGCCAGUUGGGUGUUUAAUCGCUUUCUAUUAAUGAAUAUAUGUAAUUAAAAUGCUGUUAAAACAAAUUAAACGUAAUAUACAAUGGUAUAUUAUAACACCAAAAGUUCAAAUAACAAUUUAAAUAACUUUUUAUUAAAUUAAUAUCUUACAUUUAAUCGUGUAUGUAGAUUGAUUGUAAAUAUCAUAAUUGUAUCAUUUUGUAUAAAAUGUCGCGAGCUCUAAUAACAAGAGACUGUUUUAGGCUUAAAUGGUAUGUAAUAAUAUAAAAGAACAACAAUUUUUAGUAAAAAUAUGUACGUAUGAUUUGAAAUAGUUAAAUGCAGAUCUGAUGUUCAUAGAGUACAUUUUCAUUUAUAAGUUUGAUUGUGUGCUCCAUGAAAUAGAUCGCUGAUAUAUUAUAUAGUAAAUAUUUUUUACGAAUUAAGGGUAGUGGUUAUUUUUUUGUAUAUGAUUGAUCGUUAUGUUUAUAUGUAACAUCGAUUGUUGUAUAAGAGCUGCUUGAUGGAAUAUAUGAGUCACACCUAUUUUCUAAAAUAUGCUGCAUUAUUAUAUUAAUUGAAAGACUUCCUUCAUGACAUAUUUAUAUACAUUUUCUACAUUUAUUUUUAAAUGUUUUUGUUUUUUUCAUUAUUAUAUCGAAUUAUUUUUUUCACUAUUAUAUCGAAUUAUUGUUUCUGUAUUUAUAAUUAUCUGUUUUAUUGAUAUUAUAUAUUUGUUCAAAAUUGUUAACAAUUGAAAAUUU